ACUAGGAAGGAGAUAAGGAGUUUGGGGGAAUAGGAGGUUGCAAUAUUAAACAGAAUGGUCAGGAAAGGCCUUUUGAAGAAGGGGGGCAAAGACGGAAAGGAAGUUACAGAAUCAGCCACAUGCAUAAUUAGGAGACCCAGAGGGAACAAGUGCAAGGGCAGUGAAGUGGGGUAUGGCUGGCACAUUCAAGGAAUAGCAAGGAGGGCAGUGCAGCCAGAGGAGUGUUAGUAGGGAAGUGAAAAAAAUGAAGUCAGGUAAAGGGCUUGGGGAGCUGCAUGGUUGAGGCCUAGGAGGCCAUUGUAAAGACUUUGGCUUUUACUCUGAAUAAAAUGGGAGCCAGUGGGACACUGAAACAGGGGAGUGUCAUGAUCUUACUGAAGUUUUAUAAGGAUCACCAGGGCAUCGUGAGAACCCACAGCAGGCCCUGCUACUGGGUUAGGGAAGGCUUCCUGAAGAAUGACUUCUGAGUAUCAGUAGAUGUUAGCCAGGGAUAGAUCGAGCUCUAAGAGACGGGCUUCACGCAAAGGAAACAGCUAGAGCAGGGUAAGGAAGAGAGAACGCACGGCACCUGCCCAGAACUGGGUAGAACACAAGGAGGCCAGAGGCAGUAGCAGUGAUUGGAGGCUAAAGCAGGGAGGCUCGGGAGUAAAGCUGGGGUGGCGGGGCGAGGCGAAGGACUGACCAGAAGUCUAAGUACUUAAGGGAGCCAGAGCCUCCGCCAAGACGCGCAACUACAACUACCACAAUCCUCAGCGCCUGCAGUUCCGGCGUCGCCAUGUUUAAUCUAUAGGGACGACGCUGCGCGGGGAUCGGCGCUGUGUGGGUCACGCGGUGCCAGCGCCUCACGUGGGCGAGUCAGGUGACACUGCGGGGCGGGUCGACAGACUGCGGGGCGGACAGUGGACGCAGGGACGCGGUUUUAGCUUUGGCCCCACCGCUCCGACUCCCGCCGUCCUUACCGCCAUGACGGGGCUAGCGCUGCUUUACUCCGGGGUCUUCGUGGCCUUCUGGGCUUGCAUGGUCGUCGUGGGAAUCUGCUACACCAUUUUUGACUUGGGCUUCCGAUUUGAUGUGGCAUGGUUCCUGACUGAGACUUCACCCUUCAUGUGGUCGAACCUGGGCAUUGGCCUAGCUAUCUCCCUGUCUGUGGUUGGGGCAGCCUGGGGCAUCUAUAUUACGGGCUCCUCCAUCAUUGGGGGAGGAGUGAAGGCUCCCAGGAUCAAGACCAAGAACCUGGUCAGCAUCAUCUUCUGUGAGGCUGUGGCUAUCUAUGGCAUCAUCAUGGCAAUUGUCAUUAGCAACAUGGCUGAGCCUUUCAGUGCCACUGACCCCCAGGCCAUUGGCCAUCGGAACUACCAUGCAGGCUACUCCAUGUUUGGGGCUGGCCUCACAGUGGGCCUGUCCAACCUCUUCUGUGGAGUCUGCGUGGGCAUCGUGGGCAGCGGGGCCGCCCUGGCUGAUGCUCAGAACCCCAGCCUCUUUGUAAAGAUUCUCAUCGUGGAGAUCUUUGGCAGCGCCAUCGGCCUCUUUGGGGUCAUCGUCGCAAUCCUUCAGACCUCCAGAGUGAAGAUGGGUGACUAGAUGGUCUGUGUGGGUGAGGCCGUGCCUCACUCCUAUUUAUUGCUGGUUUUCCUGGGACAGCUGGAGCUGUGCCCCUUAACCUUUCAGCGGCUUGGUGUUCAGGGCCCUUCCUGCACUCACCACUCACUGGCUGCCGACUUGGAGGCACUGCAAUUCAGGCUGAAUCCUCAGUGUGGGGAGAGGGCCGCUGAUGGCGAGACUAUGUGUGCAACUGUGCACGUGUGUCCCCCACCUCCACCCCCAACCCAUAUUCCCAGUGUUUGUGAAAUAAACGUGGUAAUUGUCCGGGUCA